AAGCAGGGUCUUUCUAUGCGAGGUGCCUCCCUCUUCCCCCUCCGUAAGGCGGCGCGGGUCCCGCACCCCGCGUUUUCUGUGGUCGGAUCGUGCUCGGCGCGUACGUGUUGGGGUGUUGUGGUGUCUUCAGACUAAUUUAGAGAUCUAGUUCUGAGCAAGUUGAGAGACGCAAGGAUUACAUCCAGAACUACUGCUUUCCACCAGUAUUCUUUUGCCCCUUUCCCAUCCCUUUUCUCCCACAGGGGAGUACGGCUUGGGAAUUUUAGGCCCUCUCUCCCCCACAGAAAUCUACCUUAGUCCUUAAAGCAUCAUCUAGACAUUGUCUAGUUAUAGUACAAGGAGAACGUUAUUCCUUGCUUGCUGUGGGAGCUUUAUUAGUAUAUCUGGAGUGCAGUGUAGACAGGCAUCCAGGAGGCUUCUUGCCCUCCCUUUUUGAGUAAUAGGGGAUUCAGGAAAAGGGGUGCUUACAGACACACGUGACCUCGUUAAAGGAGCCAGGACUCAAGCAGCACUUGGCACACUGAAGGAAGCACCCGCCUGUCUUUUGGCAUCUUUUUUUGUCUUCUGCUCCUUCCUCACUCAAUUUCGGAAGUUCCAUUGGAAAGAAGCCUUGAAGGUUGCAAGAGAAGACCAAGAUGUGCAGUUCAGUUGCUCCCAGGUUGUGGUUCUUAACAGACCGUCGCAUCAGAGAAGAUUACCCUCAGCAGGAGAUCCUGAGAGCAUUGAAGGCCAAGUGCUGUGAAGAAGAGCUGGAUUUCCGGGCCUUGCUGAUGGAUGAAGUAGUGCUGACAAUUGAGGAUGGAAAUCUCGGUCUUCGGGUGAACGGGGAGCUUAUUACUGCUUACCCCCAGGUGGUGGUCGUCAGGGUACCAACACCUUGGGUCCAGAGUGACAGUGAUAUCACAGUACUUCGCCAUUUAGAGAAGAUGGGCUGUCGGUUAAUGAAUCGUCCCCAGGCCAUCCUCAACUGCGUCAAUAAGUUCUGGACGUUUCAAGAACUUGCUGGUCAUGGUGUUCCCCUGCCAGACACCUUUUCGUAUGGUGGUCAUGAGAAUUUUGCCAAAAUGAUUGAUGAGGCAGAAGUGCUGGAGUUCCCUAUGGUGGUGAAGAACACACGGGGUCACCGAGGCAAAGCUGUGUUCCUGGCACGAGACAAGCACCAUUUGGCAGACCUGAGCCAUUUGAUCCGUCAUGAUGCCCCAUACCUAUUUCAAAAAUAUGUGAAAGAGUCCCAUGGCAAGGAUGUCCGUGUCAUUGUAGUAGGAGGCCGUGUGGUGGGCACCAUGCUCCGUUGCUCUACAGAUGGGAGAAUGCAGAGUAACUGCUCACUUGGUGGUGUAGGUAUGAUGUGCUCACUGAGUGAACAAGGCAAGCAGCUGGCAAUCCAAGUGUCCAACAUCUUGGGGAUGGACGUGUGUGGCAUUGACCUACUGAUGAAGGACGACGGUUCAUUCUACGUCUGUGAGGCCAAUGCAAAUGUAGGUUUCAUUGCCUUUGACAAGGCUUGUAAUCUAGAUGUAGCUGGUAUCAUAGCGGACUAUGCCGCUUCUCUCCUAACCCCCGGUCGCUUGACGCGGCGCAUGUCCUUACUCUCUGUGGUGUCCACGGCAAGCGAGACUAGCGAGCCAGAGCUGGGCCCUCCAGCUAGUGCCGUUGUCGACAAUAUGAGUGCUAGCUCCAGCUCUGUCGACAGCGACCCUGAGACCACGGAGAGAGAGUUGCUCACCAAGCUCCCGGGGGCUCUAUUCAACAUGAACCAGCUAUUAGCCAAUGAGAUCAAACUUCUUGUGGAGUGAUGCUACGUGUAAAUAGAUGACCAACAGAACUCUCUUGUAAAAUUUUCUUUGAGACCAACUUGCAGUGCUGUUUAUUAGAGAAACUCGGAGAAAUGAGGAAAGGAGGAUCAAUCAAGAGAGCAAGAUUAAAAGGCAUGUGUUCUGUGACUGCUGCCUCUAUUUUUUUGCAGAACAUAAUAUUGUGAUAAUUCUUCAGCACUGUUGUUGUAAUGAAGAUGUUUAAUUUGCAGCCUAAAUGGGAGUUUUAUUUGGAUGCUGCUUUGGUUCUGCAACAUAUUGCAGUGCAUGGGUGUUCACAGGAAAGCACUGAAAUAUGAUUAACUGGAAGAUUUUCAGAAAGCUCUGGCAGCUCUCUAGAAACUGUUGUGAAUUAAUGCAGCAGUUAGUUCUCUCCUGCUCUCUAAGGUCUGAUCCUGUAAAUUGCUGACUGCCUUUAAUUCUCAGUGAGAGUUGAAGGUGUUAAAUGCCAGGUAUUUAAAACUCCUGGACACGUACUGUUCCCACUCUUGUGGUAAAUUCAGCAUAGUUUUGAAACCAUCUCUUUCAGACCUUACAGAAUGUGGCCCUUCAAAUGAUGAGACAGAGGCGUGUCAGUUGCCCUAAUGUGAGCUUCUGUGCAAGUUUCAAAUUGGUGCCAUCUUGAUAUUAACUGGCAGAUUUGUGACUGUUUUUCUUUAUAAGGCAUUUGAAAGAGGAUUUCUAGUACCUCAGAUUUUUUUCACUUCAAAUCCUGAGUUUGGGAGGUAUGCAGGGGAAUUGGUCAUAUUAUAUUGGUGGCAGAAGUGGCACAUUUUACAUUUUGCAUGACUGGAGGAGUUAAACAGCACUGUAAUGUUUGGUAUACAAAAUAAUGUUUAAUCCAAUGUGAAAAGAAAUUACACUAGUUUAAAAAAAACAGUGUGCAUUGGCUUGUAUUUGUUAGUGUUUUAGUCGUUUUGAGAGAGAUCUGCAAUGUUAAUGUUCCCUUUUUUUUUUUUGUAAUACACAUCCAACACUCCCUUCUCUAUGCCUGCAUCUUUAACAGUGGCCAAAGUGAAAACACUGCAGACUUUAAGAAAACACUGAGUUGAAGUCUGUACUAUGGGUUUUUUAGUUUGUUUUGGUGGUUUUUUGUUGUUUUUUUUUUUUGAGUGGGAGGGUUUUAGUUGGUUUUUUUUUUUUUUUUUUUUUUUUGCUUUUUAUGGGAGCAGAAUGUCAUAAGGCGUGGAGAAGCGAAAAGUGAUUAGAAAUCUAGAGGUACAUUAGAAUAAAGUUGCAGUUCAUACAAUACUUAAAAGGCUUACUCGUUCCCCACUGAGAAUAUUUAAAAGCUGAUGUUGUCAGAAAUCCAAAUUGAGAAGUUCUCAAUUCUUCGGCAAAUGUGCAACAAAUUAAUUAAAAAAAAAAAAAGAGGAAAAAAAAAAAAGGGAAGAGAGCUCAGCCAGAAUAAUAAUAAUGAUAAUAACAAGUAUAACCGAGGUCCAUAAACAUUUAACAAAUUGAUUCUGUACUCUUAUGUGUCUGUGGUGUGAACGCACACACUUGUGUGAGUUUGUGAACGCGCAUUUGCUUCGCUUCAUUUCAUUUUGGGUUUUGUCUAUUUAGAUCCUAAUUUUUUUUUUCUACACUACCUGAUUUUUCUAAGUUGUUCUGGCUGUGCAUUUUCUCAUUAGCCUUGAGAUGUUCUGGGUAACACAUAACCAGAACAGAGAUACUGAGUCAGUUGUUCAGUCCCUAUGUUCCCUUCCUCCUUUUCUUCCACCUUCUCCUUUCUCUGUUCUCAUUCCAUUCCCAGUUUUCUGGGAUCAUAAAGCCCUGGAACUAUAUAUAUAUUUAUAUAUACAUAAAGAUAAGCCUCUUUUUUAAGUACACAAAGUAAAACGUUUACAAUUGAAAAACAAUCUUGUGAAAAUAGGGUUUGUUUGGAGGGGGGUUGUGUGUGUGCAAUGCUGCUGUUUCCUGGAUACUUUAAUGAAGCAUGUCUCAUGUACCCUCUGAGGCUCUGCACUGCCCACCUUUGCGGCCCCUAUUCACCUCUGUGCUGCUCUGCUGUUUUAUCUUCACUUGGACCUUAAACACAACUCAUGGACACUAUGCAGAGAGUCUUCAAGAGGCAAUAAACAGAACAGUAUUAACCUGC